GAGUGUUGGAAGGGCGGGGGAAGACUCACCUGAGAUGAACCAGCCUACCUGCCUGCUGCUGUAUUCCUUACUCUGAUGGUGGCAGCUGCUGUGCCGCUAUUGCACUUCGCAUUCUGUCGCCCCGCCAUCGGUAAUCGAGCACGGGCGCCCUCAUUGUAACUGGACCCCCAACCGUGCUCGAUUGCCACGACCGUUUGCUUGCGUGACUGAGUGAUUCAGUCCUGCGUAUACGUUCCUUUCGUACACGCUCUUGGUCAUGGUGCAGCUGCGGACGUUGGCGUUGGAGGAGUGCAACUGAAGCAGAGUAUUUCGUCUGUUUGAAAUCUCAGAAAGCUUCGGAGCCUUGGAUUUAGUGUGUUGUGCUACCUAGAAGCAUUUAUGGGAGGUGGCAUUUAGCGGGUGUGUUCUCCUCGACUCGAACCGGUGCACGUGCUCUUGCAUUUCGGCAUUUCCGAUUUUUUUUUAUGCGGUGCUGAUUUGUAAGGCAGAAGGGAGGCUGUAAGGAGUGGCAUUGUGAGAGGGAAUGUCGCGUUGGAUGCUAAGCAGUGGACUUCAAGGCCGGUGUGUAUGGAACGGGUUUUUGGAAAAUGAGUUGUGCAGAUCUGCUCAGAAGCAGUUCUCAGCAGACAGCUGUAGUUAGAGCUGACUGAAUCAAGUCCUUAUGGAAAAAAUGAUGUCCGGUUGCCGGGAGUGACUCUGAAGCGGCUGACAGCUUCACGGAGUAGAAGAUGCCUACGUGAUCAAUUACGAGCUGAAAUAUCGGUUAUGGGGAGACCUUGGUCCUCGGCCUUCGGCCUUGCACUUUUUCUACUUGGAAGCCUGAUUAUCCACGCCGAUGGACAGUCGCAGAGCUUAGAAACAGACUUGUACGCUUUGCUAAAGAUUCGGGAGGCUUUUAUUGACACUCAAAGUAUUCUAAGAGAGUGGACAUUUGAAAAAAGCGCCAUCAUUUGUGCCUGGCGGGGAGUGAUCUGUAAGGAUGGGCGUGUUUCGGAGUUAAGUUUGCCUGGGGCCAGGCUACAAGGCCACAUAUCAGCUGCGGUGGGCAAUCUGGGACAGCUUCGCAAACUAAAUCUUCAUUCCAAUUUGUUGACGGGAUCCAUUCCAGCUUCACUCGGCAAUUGCUCGAUCCUCAGCGAUCUGCAAUUGUUUCAGAAUGAAUUAUCUGGCAUUAUACCUACAGACCUUGCAGGUUUGCAGGCGCUCGAGAUUUUGAAUUUGGAACAAAACAAACUAACAGGGCCUAUACCUCCUGAUAUCGGCAAGCUUAUAAACCUGCGCUUUCUCGAUGUGGCGGAUAACACUCUCUCAGGUGCAAUUCCUGUUGACUUGGCAAAUUGCCAGAAGCUUACAGUUCUUAGCCUGCAAGGUAAUCUCUUGAGUGGAAACCUUCCAGUUCAACUGGGGACUUUGCCGGAUCUUUUGAGCUUGAACUUGAGGGGAAAUUCUCUAUGGGGAGAAAUUCCUUGGCAACUGAGCAACUGCACAAAGCUGCAAGUUAUUAAUCUUGGAAGAAACCGAUUUAGUGGAGUUAUUCCAGAGCUUUUCGGAAAUCUCUUCAACCUGCAGGAAUUAUGGUUGGAGGAAAAUAAUCUUAACGGCUCAAUUCCGGAACAGCUUGGGAAUGUCACAUGGCUGAGGGAGUUGUCGUUGAGCGCCAACGCUUUGUCGGGGCCCAUACCAGAGAUAUUGGGAAACCUUGUCCAGUUGAGGACCUUAAACCUGUCACAGAAUCUUCUCACCGGUAGUAUACCUCUAGAGCUUGGUCGACUUAGCAAUCUGAGAGUAUUGUCAUUGAAUGACAACCGUCUUACCUCCUCAAUCCCAUUCUCUUUGGGCCAACUUACUGAACUUCAAUCCCUUUCUUUCAACAAUAAUAACCUCUCAGGUACUCUACCUCCAUCUCUAGGUCAGGCAUUCAAGUUGGAAUACUUAUCCUUGGACGCGAACAAUCUUUCAGGCUCCAUUCCUGCGGAGCUAGGUUUUCUGCACAUGCUGACCCAUCUGUCUCUCUCCUUCAACCAACUGACGGGGCCAAUUCCUUCUUCCUUAUCGUUGUGCUUCCCACUGAGAAUUCUCAAUUUGGAGGAAAAUGCUCUCUCGGGUAACAUUCCAUCUUCAUUGGGUUCCCUUAUGCACUUACAGGUUCUUGACGUUAGUGGGAAUAAUUUGUCAGGGUUACUUCCUCCAAAGCUGGGAAAUUGCGUGGAUCUUGUGCAGCUGGAUGUGAGUGGACAAAAUUUUUGGGGGCGCAUACCGUUCGCAUACGUUGCACUCUCCAGAUUGCGGAUCUUCUCUGCUGACAACAACUCUCUCACUGGUCCUAUUCCAGACGGCUUCCCUGCCUCCUCAGAUUUGGAAGUAUUCUCGGUGAGUGGAAAUAAGCUCAAUGGAAGUAUUCCUCCCGACCUCGGUGCCCAUCCACGGUUAACUAUUCUGGAUCUUUCAAACAACAACAUAUAUGGAAACAUACCUCCGGCUCUCGGGAGAGACCCCAGUUUGACGGUAUUAGCAUUGAGCAACAACCAGCUGACUGGUUCAGUUCCCAAAGAGCUAAACGAGCUAUCGAAUCUUCAAGAACUUUACUUAGGGAUCAACCAACUAUCUGGCGGCAUCUCUUCAAAACUUGGGAAGUGCAAAAGUUUAAAUGUCUUGGAUCUUCAGGGAAACAAAUUAAGCGGAGACAUUCCGCCAGAGAUUGCUCAACUGCAGCAGCUCCGCAUCCUAUGGUUGCAGAAUAACAGUCUGCAAGGUCCUAUCCCGUCUUCUUUCGGUAAUCUAACAGUACUGCGGAACUUGAAUCUCUCCAAAAAUAAUCUGAGUGGGAACAUUCCUGUGUCACUGGGCAGUCUAAUUGACCUCGUAGCUCUAGAUCUUUCCAACAAUAACCUUCAGGGACCUGUUCCACAAGCUCUUUUGAAGUUCAACUCAACAUCUUUCAGUGGAAAUCCUUCCCUCUGCGACGAGACAAGUUGUUUCAAUGGAUCGCCAGCCAGCUCGCCUCAGCAAUCUGCACCUCUGCAAAGCGGGCCAAAUAAAGUUCGAGAGAGAACACGUUGGAACCGAAAAGAAAUUGUUGGACUUUCUGUCGGUGCAGGUGUCCUUACCAUCAUCCUUAUGUCUCUAAUAUGUUGCCUUGGUAUCGCGUGCUUUCGUUUAUAUAAUCGAAAAGCUUUGUCUUUAGCACCACCGCCUGCAGAUGCACAGGUUGUUAUGUUCAGUGAGCCACUCACAUUUGCACAUAUUCAAGAAGCCACUGGGCAGUUUGAUGAGGAUCACGUCCUCAGUAGGACGCGACAUGGCAUAGUUUUCAAGGCGAUUUUGAAGGAUGGGACGGUCCUAUCAGUCCGAAGGCUACCCGAUGGCCAGGUGGAAGAAAACCUCUUCAAAGCAGAAGCGGAGAUGUUGGGAAGAAUAAGGCAUCAGAACUUGACAGUUUUGAGAGGUUACUACGUUCACGGGGAUGUGCGCCUCUUGAUUUAUGACUACAUGCCGAAUGGAAAUCUUGCUUCUUUACUUCAAGAAGCUUCGCAACAAGACGGUCACGUUUUGAAUUGGCCAAUGAGACAUCUAAUUGCUCUCGGAGUUGCACGCGGACUGUCCUUUCUUCAUACACAGUGUGAGCCCCCUAUCAUUCACGGAGAUGUCAAGCCAAACAACGUUCAAUUUGACGCCGAUUUCGAAGCUCACCUUUCUGACUUCGGUUUAGAGCGAUUCGCUACAAUGCCCACGGAUCCCUCAUCUUCCUCGACUCCUGUAGGGUCAUUUGGAUAUGUAUCGCCAGAAAGUACUGGCGUCUCUCGACAGCUUACAAGAGGAGCAGAUGUCUACAGCUUUGGUAUAGUUUUGCUUGAGCUUUUGACUGGACGGAGACCAGCCAUGUUUACAACCGAGGACGAAGAUAUUGUGAAGUGGGUGAAACGGAUGCUGCAAACAGGGCAAAUCACGGAGCUAUUUGAUCCUAGUCUGUUGGAGUUGGACCCCGAAUCUUCUGAGUGGGAAGAAUUUCUUUUGGCGGUCAAAGUUGCCCUCUUGUGCACCGCGCCGGAUCCAGUUGACAGACCUUCGAUGUCUGAGGUGAUUUUUAUGCUAGAGGGCUGUCGUGUUGGUCCAGAAACGAUAACUUCGUCAUCUGGCCCGACGUCACAUGCCUCACCUGUGUAAUAUAAGUCUCGAUGUGAGGCCUCUUGUACCAAGUAAACUUUGCACAAUUCUCCUUAAUCUUCUAUCUGUGCCUACUCUGCUCAAAUUUCUUCGUUACGUAGAGAAUCGAAUCAUUGUCAUCAACAGCAAUGACAAACUAGUAUCGUUAAAUCAUGAGGUUGGUGUAAAUUUUUCUUGAUAAAUUCAAGAAAUAGAGUUGCCUUACGAUGUUGAACCUAGCCAUGCAACUUGGGAGUAGUGACCAGACUCCAUCAAUGGUCUCAUGCAGCUGUAGCCCUGCUUACAUUUAAAUUUCACAUCUCCAGCCUCUUGCUCAGA